AUGCCUGUUCUGGCAGAUGCAGACACCCUUCUUACUUUUCGAACCACGGACUACGACCCUAUUGUCAAGGACAAUAUCAUGUUGACGGGGUUUUUCCUUCUUACUACUGCGCUCUUCGGAAGUGCAACGCUUGACGACACCUUUUCCAAAGACGGUUCCCUUGACUUGGUCAUCGACAAGAGACAUCACUACCCCAAUUCAAGCAAGACGCUGGCAAAUGCGCUCGUUAAGAAUUAUAAGAAGUCGGAAUAUUGCUUUUACGCUUGCGAGCCAAACUGGAUCCACACUGCCUGCAAUAUAUAUGGAGGCAAUGCCUUGGCGGCUUACGAUGCAGUCAUAGGAAGUGACAAUUUUGGAGAGCUGGAAACUCGAUACAGGAAGGCACUCAUCGAGGAACUCUCUAGCCAUCUCACUGGGUUCACUAUCCCAAGCCUUGCAGGUGCCACAAACGAGUUUUUCCCUGCAGCUUUUUCCGGUUCCAUCAUGCCCGAUGUUGCCCUGAGAUCCUAUGCCAUUGCUCGUGAGGAGUACAUGCAUUUUGACGAGAAAGGCAAAUUGUCCUUCACUGCGCUGGAGGGAGCAGACAAACUAGAUCCCGGGACAUACAAGAUCCCAAUGGGCUCGGUCUAUGCAACCUGUUUGAUGAGCGCCAGCGAGCUGGGAGAUGAAGGAAGUUGCUAG